AUUCAGCGUCCGUGUAAUGGCCGCCGCCGGCUGCGGCAAGCGUGUCGUACUGUGGUUCAGGAACGACCUCCGCCUGCACGACAAUUACAUCGUGCAUGAUGCAGUGCAGCGUGUAAAGCGUGGUGAAGCCAGCGAGGUACUGCCGGUGUACUGUUUCGACCCACGUGUGUACGGCACUACCCCGUGGGGUCAUUUCAAGACGGGGGCGCACCGGGCAGCCUUCCUGCUUGAAUGUGUGACGGAUCUCAAGUCCCGGCUUCGCGAUGUAGGCAGUGACUUGCUGGUGGCAUUUGGGAAGCCCGAGGAGGUGCUGCCGGGUCUUCUGGAGGGCAGCUCUGGUCCCUCCCUGGUCCUCACUGCGGAGGAAGUCACCUCGGAGGAGACCCGGACGGAUGUGGCGGUGGCCCGGGCCCUGAAACAACAACGGAGACCGCAAGCGGAUGCUGCAGCUGCGGCGGGGGGUGGAAGCGGUAGUGCGAAGCUGCUGCGGUUCUGGGGCCAUACCAUGUACCAUAUUGACGACCUGACUCAGCCACCAGAGGGCGGCGGCAAGGCUGCCUUUGCACCGGGCAUGAAGGACAUGCCCGAUGUGUUCACUCCCUUCCGUGAAAAGGUGGAAAAGCGCUGCCCGGUACGGAAAGACCUGCCGCUGCCGCAGAAGGGCGACCUGCCGCUGCCCCCGACGGAAGCACUCCCCGCCGCCGCGGCAGCGGCCCUGGCGGCGGCCCCGCCCACGUGGGAGCAACUGCCGUACCCGCCAGCGGCGAGGCCUCCGCCGCCCACCAAGCAUCCUAAAGCGGUGCUGGACUUCAAGGGCGGCGAGACGGCGGCUCUGGCCCGGCUGCGCUACUAUCUGUGGGACAGCGACCUGAUCGCCUCCUACUUCGACACUCGCAACGGCAUGUUGGGGGGAGACUACUCCACCAAGUUCGCCCCCUGGCUCGCGGCGGGAUGUAUCAGCCCCCGGAAGAUCUACCACGAGAUCCGCAAGUACGAGGCCCAGCGGCAAUCCAACAAGUCCACAUACUGGGUCAUAUUCGAGCUCAUUUGGCGGGAUUACUUCAGGUUCUUCGCGCUCAAGCACGGCAACCGCAUCUUCUUUGAGACGGGAACUUCGGGUCUCCCCUUGGUUUGGAAUCCGGAUGCAGAUCUGUGGCAUCGGUGGCGGGACGGCCGUACGGGGCUGCCCCUGGUAGACGCCAACAUGCGCGAGCUGGCGGCUACGGGCUUCAUGUCCAAUCGUGGCCGUCAAAACUUGGCGUCGUACUUGGUGCUGGAUCUUGGAAUCGACUGGCGGCGCGGCGCCGAUUACUUUGAGAGCCAGCUGUUGGACUACGACGUGACUUCCAACUGGGGUAACUGGGUGGCGGCUGCCGGGCUGGCGGGGGGCAGGAUCAACCACUUCAACAUUGCAAAGCAGGCAAGUGAUGUUGGAGCGUUUCGGAUUGGGGGAGGGUCCAAGGACUAUGACCCCCAGGGCGACUACGUCCGCACCUGGUGUCCGGAGCUGCGCCAUGUGCCGGUGGGCAAGGUGCAUGAGCCCUGGCUCAUGAGCAAGGAGGAGCAGGAGAAGGCGGGGUGCAGGAUCGGUGUGGACUACCCGAACCCCAUCCCCGUGUCCAGACACGGUCGGCCACACGCCAGCUCGGGUCUUCUGGAGGGCAGCUCUGGUCCCUCCCUGGUCCUCACUGCGGAGGAAGUCACCUCGGAGGAGACCCGGACGGAUGUGGCGGUGGCCCGGGCCCUGAAACAACAACGGAGACCGCAAGCGGAUGCUGCAGCUGCGGCGGGGGGUGGAAGCGGUAGUGCGAAGCUGCUGCGGUUCUGGGGCCACACCAUGUACCAUAUUGACGACCUGACUCAGCCACCAGAGGGCGGCGGCAAGGCUGCCUUUGCACCGGGCAUGAAGGACAUGCCCGAUGUGUUCACUCCCUUCCGUGAAAAGGUGGAGAAGCGCUUCCCGGUACGGAAAGACCUGCCGCUGCCGCAGAAGGGUGACCUGCCGCUGCCCCCGACGGAAGCACUCCCCGCCGCCGCGGCAGCGGCCCUGGCGGCGGCCCCGCCCACGUGGGAGCAACUGCCGUACCCGCCAGCGGCGAGGCCUCCGCCGCCCACCAAGCAUCCUAAAGCGGUGCUGGACUUCAAGGGCGGCGAGACGGCGGCUCUGGCCCGGCUGCGCUACUAUCUGUGGGACAGCGACCUGAUCGCCUCCUACUUCGACACUCGCAACGGCAUGUUGGGGGGAGACUACUCCACCAAGUUCGCCCCCUGGCUCGCGGCGGGAUGUAUCAGCCCCAGGAAGAUCUACCACGAGAUCCGCAAGUACGAGGCCCAGCGGCAAUCCAACAAGUCCACAUACUGGGUCAUAUUCGAGCUCAUUUGGCGGGAUUACUUCAGGUUCUUCGCGCUCAAGCACGGCAACCGCAUCUUCUUUGAGACGGGAACUUCGGGUCUCCCCUUGGUUUGGAAUCCGGAUCCAGAUCUGUGGCAUCGGUGGCGGGACGGCCGUACGGGGCUGCCCCUGGUAGACGCCAACAUGCGCGAGCUGGCGGCUACGGGCUUCAUGUCCAAUCGUGGCCGUCAAAACGUGGCGUCGUACUUGGUUCUGGAUCUCGGAAUCGACUGGCGGCGCGGCGCCGAUUACUUUGAGAGCCAGCUGUUGGACUACGACGUGACUUCCAACUGGGGUAACUGGGUGGCGGCUGCCGGGCUGGCGGGGGGCAGGAUCAACCACUUCAACAUUGCAAAGCAGGCAAGUGAUGUUGGAGCGUUUCGGAUUGGGGGAGGGUCCAAGGACUAUGACCCCCAGGGCGACUACGUCCGCACCUGGUGUCCGGAGCUGCGCCAUGUGCCGGUGGGCAAGGUGCAUGAGCCCUGGCUCAUGAGCAAGGAGGAGCAGGAGAAGGCGGGCUGCAGGAUCGGUGUGGACUACCCGAACCCCAUUUCCGUGUCCAGACACGGUCGGCCACACGCCAGCUCGGGUGGCGGCGGCGGCGGUGGUCGUCCAGGCAGUGCUCGUCCGCAGUCAGGUCGUGGCGGGAGCGGCGGCCGUGGCGGCGGGUACCGCAAGUCUGAGUUCGAGCGUUACAAGUGACAUGUGAACGCAGAGAGAGCACCGGGUGGUUGUCCUAGUGAGGACCCAUUUCCCACCACAUGACAAUCAGAGUUUGUAUGUAUGUAUGGCACUAUGAGAGUUCCGCUCCGAGGUUCGUACAUUCGGCAGAGAAGUGUCCGAUUGCGCAGUAGCAGGGUGCAGGUGACAUAGCGGCAGCGGUGAGGUGUGGGAGCUCACGGUUCUCGGAAAAAUGGAUUGGACCUCACCUCCACUGUAGGGUCUGCAUGAAUACGUAGCUUAGCUGUCUGCGGGCUGCGUAACGAAGUUGAGUCAUGGUGUCGUACAAUGGUGGUUCAGAGCAGCGCGGAGUUGAAAGAGGGGUGAAUUCGAAGCGGGCGAUAAACGCGACACGUACUCUCAACGCUGACUAUCUAUCUGUCUGUCUGUCCGUAUAUGUGUGUGUGUUCGUUGUGAUUACGUGACCAUUACGGAUCAGGUCAUACGGUCAGAAUGUGUAUCGAGAGUGUUUUUGUGCCUUCC